CACCCCCUUAGCCGUCUGUUGCUUCAUAAACCAGAGAAACACGCUACUCAAUCCCACAAACACAAACACAAACACAAACCUCUCUUCUGCAAAAUGAGAGAAAUGAGGAUUUUAGUGAUUUGCAUCCUUGCUUUGGCUGUUUCAUCUUCUUCAACCAAUUCAAACGACGUUCCUGUACGGAGGGACGACUACGAAGGUGGAGUGAUCCACGACAUCACUCACAGCUUCACUCCUAACACGCCGGUGGGAAUCUACCCCAACGGACUCGGCAAGUUCCUCACGCUGCUCAGGAGCAUGAAGAACGGCUCCGACUUCAAUUUCUCCGAGCUCAAAUUGCCGCUCCACGCCGGCACUCACGUCGACGCGCCUGGCCAUUUCUACGAGAACUACUUCGAACAAGGCUUUGAUGCCGAUACCCUUGACCUCAGAGUACUCAAUGGUCCUGCGUUGCUCGUAGACGUUCCCAGAGACAAGAAUAUUACUGCUGAAGUUAUGAAGUCGUUGAACAUUCCCAAGGGUGUGAGAAGAGUACUUUUCAGAACACUAAAUACGGAUAGGCGCCUUAUGUACACAAAUAAAUUUGAUUCGAGUUACGUGGGAUUCACAGGAGCUGGAGCACAGUGGCUUGUAGAUAACACUGGUAUCAAACUUGUGGGAAUCGAUUACUUGUCGGUUGCUUCCACUGAUUAUCUGACCGCUGCUCAUCGUGUUUUUCUUAAAAGCAAGGAAAUCAUCCUAGUUGAAGGGCUGAAACUUGAUGAUGUUGAAGCUGGAUUAUACACUGUGCACUGCUUGCCUUUGAGAUUGGUUGGUGCUGAGGGAUCACCCAUCAGAUGUGUUCUGAUGAAGGGAUGAGAUUGGAAAGCAUCCCUGGAGGCUAUUUUGUAUUAAGGCAUUUACUUUCGAUAAUAAGUAGUAGUAUGUUUGUAAAAUAUAGGAUCCAGUAUUUGUGUGUUUAAUCUAUCAGUGAAUGUGGUGAAUUAUCUUAUGUUAGUAUUUCUAUUUAUCAAAA